AUGAAGGGACAGCGAUAUAUUUCCAGCACUUCCAGCAAGAUAGAAGCUACCAUCCUGUGUCAGACUGGCACCCAGUUUAUUAAUGCUUCCAGCAGCGAACUGGAAAAAUUCAUCGGGUGGAAGCUUUUCCACAGAUGAUGACUCCGGGAGUGCAGCUUGGGAGGAAGGAACCUGCAGAUAAUGUUUUUUCCAACACUCUUUGAUGCAAUUCCUGUAGCUCUUGUUGCUGGAAUACUAUUUUCUGUUUUGAUAAUUGUAUUUGCUUUGGUGACGGCUGGAUUCUUUAUGUUCAAUGCAUUUGGAAGACCUUAUGAGACUCUCCAUGGUCCGAAUGGCCUAUACCUUUUGAAAUACCAUUGCCUGUUCCUUUGGUUUACCUCUGAAGUAAAAAGUCAUCGCCUGUCUGAGAAGGUUGCAAACUACAAAGAGGCAAACUUUGUCUUCAAGAUGCAGACUGAAGCAUUUGAGUAUUCUUUCUGGCUUCUCGUUUGCACAGCGAUGCAUUCUGUCAACAUGCUGCUCAUCAGAUUAGCUGGAGUUCAAUUCCCUUUCUUCAAACCAAAACAUGCAGAUUCAAGUAAUGGGGGAGCUGACCUUAGGUACUAA